AUGCCGCAGUGUAACUUGAUCGGAGAGAUUCUAGAAUAUUUCGGGGAUAUUUUCACGAACCUCGAACGGUUGGAUUUGGGGAAGAACAAGUUAUCAGGGAGCAUUCCGAGGAAUUUGUUCUCGUUGAGGAAGUUGAGGGUCUUGUACCUGUUCAGUAACAGAUUGUCGGGUGUGAUUCCUAGUGCUACGAUGCACUGUUUGGAAUUAAUCGAGCUUGAUUUUGCGAAGAAUAAUUUGACGGGUUCCAUACCCCCAGAGUGUGGAAAGUUAAAGAACUUGAGUACCUUGCACUUGUACGAAAAUCACUUGGUCGGUGAGAUUCCCGUAAGUUUAAGCCAAAUUCCUAGUCUCAUCUAUUUCAGGGUUUUCAGCAAUAACUUGAGUGGAACACUGCCUCCAGAACUAGGCUUGCAUUCCAAGCUUACAGUGUUUGAGGUUUCUGAGAACCAACUCAGUGGUGGGUUGCCGGAACAUUUAUGUGCAGGUGGUGCCCUUAUUGGUGUGGUUGCAUUUUCCAACAAUUUUAGUGGAGUUUUGCCUGAGUGGAUUGGGAAUUGUCCUUCUCUAGCCACUGCAAUCUACAACCUUUGUUCCAAAUGCUUGACAGACAGCGUCCAAAAUGGGGCUUACCUUUCCCCCAACUUGAAUCUUCUGUCAGCUUUUGGUUUAGCUGGAAGUUGUUUUUCGGAUAUCAUAUUGGGAGCUAAAUCAAAUGAGCUUGUUGGGUGGACAUGA